AGGACAGGAUAGGGGCCUGCAGGCAGUGCCCUGCCACCAGCCCCCUCCCCCCCCGGCCGGGUGGGUGUCACUGCUGUCACCAGGAAGUCCUGGUGUUUUGACAUUUCCGAGGAAAGCCCCAGCUGAGCGGGAGGGUGCUGUGGGCGGCCAGAGCCUUGCUCCUGCUGGGCUGUGUCAGGUUUGGAAGGGAACAUCUCCCCCCUGGGAGCACUCUGGGGUGGUGUCACCAGGGCAUCCCAUCCUAGCUGCUGCUGUCCCCAGCUCUAGUUGUGGUCUGGCACCCACCGGUGGGCACGGGAUGCCCGGGUCCCCACUCUGAGAUGCCAUUUCUGCAGUGAGGAGCACGUCCGCUCCAUCCACCUCCCAGCAUCUUCAGGCCAGGUGCUGCGUGUCCCUCAUCUCCAGGCCACAUGGCACAUGGCUGUGCCGGCAAGCUGCCGCCCGAGCCUUUCUGGUGCCAAGAAAUGGGCUGGCACAUAUGUGCCAUGCAGGGAGGCUGCAGCGUGGGCCGGGGGACGCAGGCGCCGUAGGGCACUGCGGCAUCGGGGUGGGCAGUGCUGGGCGUGGGGGUCCCCGGUGCCCGAACCCCCAAUGCCAGGGAGCAGCCUGGAGCCCCAGGAGCGCAGCAUGGAGUCGGCGGCCGUGCCUCAAGAGUUGCCCCCUGACUGUGGGGUGCACGAGCUGUUUGGGUAUGUGGGGAUCGAGGCCGUGCUCGAGCAGAUGAAGGUGAAGACCAUGAAGAUGGGCUUUGAAUUCAACAUCAUGGUUGUCGGGCAGAGCGGGCUGGGGAAGUCCACCAUGGUGAACACCCUCUUCAAGUCCAAGGUAAGCCGCAAAGCCUCGCAGCCUGGCCAGGAGGAGCGCAUCCCAAAGACGGUGCAGCUGCAGUCGGUCACCCAUGUCAUCGAGGAGAAGGGUGUGAAGAUGAAGCUGACGGUGACGGACACGCCGGGAUUUGGGGACCAGAUCAACAACGAGAACUGCUGGGACCCCAUCAUCAAGUACAUCAACGAGCAGUACGAGCGGUACCUGCGUGAGGAGAUCCUCAUCACCCGCAAGAGGAAAAUCCCAGACAGCCGGGUGCACGGCUGCGUGUACUUCAUCCCCCCCACAGGCCACUGGCUGCGUCCCCUCGACCUGGAGUUCAUGCGGAGGCUGAGCAAGAUCGUCAACGUGGUGCCAGUGAUUGCCAAGGCCGACACGCUCACUCUGGAGGAGCGGGAGGAGUUCAAGCAGCGGAUCCAGCGGGACCUGAAGGCCCACGCCAUCAGCGUGUACCCGCAGGAGGAUUUCGAUGAGGACCCUGAUGACCGGUUGCUCAAUGAUAGGAUCCGGGAGAAGAUCCCAUUCGCCGUGGUGGGGGCGGACCAGGAGCACCAGGUGAACGGCAAACGGGUGCUGGGCCGCAAGACCAAGUGGGGCAUCAUCGAAGUGGAGAACCCGGCACACUGUGAGUUCCCCAUGCUGCGGGACCUGCUCAUCCGGUCCCACCUGCAGGACCUCAAGGACAUCACCCACAACGUGCAUUACGAGAGCUACCGCGUGCGGCGGCUGAACGAGAGCAACCGGCCGGCGCCGAGCUCCAACAACGGGCUGCCGGGCAGGGAUGAGGACGGGGACGAGAGCAACCUCUGAGCCCUGGGGCCCGACCCCAUAGCAGCACCCGGCCCCACCCCGCAGUGACUGUGCCACCUCAGCUCGCAGCCCCCCCAGCCCACGAGAACGAACAGAGGGGGCUCCCUGGGUGUCCCCGAGCUCUGCUGAGACGCCCGGAGCCCGCUCCACAUUAAAGGUGAAAACGGAACCUUCAGCAUCCGCCGUCCCGCAGUGCCACCCUCUGUGCUGACAGCCCCACAGGUGGCAGCAGGGUUCCCUGCCACCGCCCCGCUGGCACCCGGACUUUGAGCCGCUUAUCGGCUGCGGCCGCACCAGGAAGU